AUGGUGGAGAUUCGAACAGAGCCUGUGGGGUAUUCCCGCACCCCAUUGUUUGGUGGUGCCCUAACAGCUGAAAUACCAAAUGUGUUUAAGGAUAUGAGCAAUGUGCGGCCGAUUCCUGAUAACCAAGAAGUUUUUGCGUCCUCCGUUUCCGACACAAACAUUAUCAUCGAACUUGUUGAAAGACUAGAACGAGACUCUGAAGCAGCUCGGGUGCCUUUGGUUCGUAUACUAGGAAGGGAGUCAGUAGGAAACUUGUCAGAUGACGAACUUGCCGUUCUUGCCCAUAUGCAUGAUAUCUGCAAGGCUAAUCAAGAACGAUUCGAACUGGUCGAGGCUCCUAAAUUAUGUACCGUUCAACAUAUCCCCGAGCCGUCAUACUUGUGUAAAUUGAAACUGGUGUCGCGUAUGGUCAUUUGUGACGCAUCUGGCACAGUACGAUCGCACGAGAAGGCUACAACGGCAUACAUUGUUCUUGUUCGUCUGGUGCUACAAGGAACAGAUAUACUGUUGCAUAUCAAUGUCCCGCAGAAUGAACAUGUAUGCAAUGGAGACCCAGAUGGCCCUGCAGGCGAAGAACAAAAGGCAAAAGAAAUAUUAGAGAGGCUUUUGCACACACUAAGAAUUGUGGACUACGGCUUAUUUGGCAACUAA